CUUUAUGAAAACCCAUUAUUGUCGCAUCGCUCCGCGGUUUCCAGGGAACGAUUGCCAUCUCGCAGGUACAUUGUGCUUUAUGUUCGGAUCCGAUCCGCGGCCGUCCGAUAAUAAUGACCGUUAUCGUCGCUGCGUUACGCGUUACGUGACCCGACGCGACACGACGCGCGUUACAACGGCGGACACAACAAGCACUAGCGGACGACGGUCCUCGUGAUAUACCACUGCGGAAGGUGAAAUGACGGAGUGACACACUGAGUCGGGGAGAGAGAGAGAGAGAGAGUAACAUAACGAUGACGAUGAUGAUGAUGAUGAUGAUGAUGAUAAUAAUGAUGAUGAUGAUGAUGAUGAUGAUGAUGAUGACGGAUCGCAACACGAAAUUGUAGUCCACGCCGCUUUUCGCAAGCCGCGAUCGUUUGCCAUCGCACCGCACCGCAUCGUUAUAAUAUACAUCUUUCGUCGGCGACAAAAUACCGAGGCCCGAUGCAGGCUGUUUAGAAAUCAAAUCACAUAUCGUAGUUUCAUAUCGAUCAUUUCCCUUCUUCUUUAGCCUGUAUAAUAUAUUCCUCGCCAAGUCGAUUUCGAUCUUGACUUGAUUCACUGCGUUAUAUAUAUAUAUAUGUAUAUAUAUGUAUAUAUAUAUACAUACAUAGUCAUCACCGCGUGAGAAAAGAGAUCUCCAAUCGGUCUCGUGUCAUUUCUUUGAAUGCGGAGGACGUGGAAAUUGUGCGCCCGGCUACUCUCUACGGAAUCUGUCUGAAGUUUAAAUGCUCCUCAAAGUGGUGCCUAAGCGUGAUUUGAUAUAUAAACGGAAGGGAGAAAAAUUCAAUUAGUGCCUACAACAAAAAAAAAAAAAAAAAAAAACAUCUAAUCGUAUGUAUGAUUGUCGCGAGAUAAAAUCUGCUUUAAAAUUCGAUCUCUAUCGUAGUCCUGUAUAUAUAUAAUACGUACGUGCGUUUUUCUGGGGGGGAAGAUACGAUCGCGACGCCCGUUUUGUCAUGCAUCGGUUGCGACAAAGUGUUAGACCAAAGAGAAUGCGCACAGAACGAGCGAAAAGAUAAGAGAAGAGACCACGCGGUAGAUAAAUUGCAAAAGUCAAUAAAAAAAAAACAAAACAAAAAAAAACAAAAAACAAAAUAGGAGAAAAAAAAACGAGUAUUACCGCAUUAGGGGAGUCAAGUUGCGAAGUGUAAAUCGUUAAAUAAGUCUGUACAUGGUAUAUCCAUAUCGUGAUAAAAUAUUCGGCUCGAUCGGCCCAAUUCAAAGUGUGUUCCGAUAAACUGCUAGUCAAAAAAAAAAAAACUGUUUAGUAAUGUCGCGAUUAAUGCUGUGCAAUCUUGGCAAUGCUUCAACAGCAGGAAAUGAUACAAACAACAACGCUAAUACGAACAGCAGUAUGGAGGACGACGAUUCUUAUCCACUGCCUACAAUUUAUCGCUGCCGUGCACCCAUAGCGAGUCUGGAUUGCAUGGAAGAGUUCAACGGCGGCGGAGGCGGUGGCGGCGGCGGCGGCGGCGGAGGCGGCGGUGGUGCGGACUCAGGUGUACACUGUAGUAACACGGCCGGAACGAAGGAGCAGCUACUGACUAGCUGCAUAGCCGCACAAGCGCAACGUUUGCAGCAUCCCUCGCCAGGUAUUCGCUACCGCAACUUGGGCAAAAGCGGUCUACGUGUUUCCAAUGUUGGAUUAGGAACAUGGACCACCUUCGGCGUGGGCGGCUGCGGCAGCGAGGAGACCGCGGAGGCCGUGGUUGCGCUCGCUUACGACAGCGGGAUAAACGUGUUCGACCUGAGCGAGGCCCACAGCGGACAUCGCGCUGAGAUCCAAUUCGGUCGUAUCUUGCUGAGGCGCGCCUGGAAUCGUUCCACCUACGUCGUCACGACGAAGAUCUACUGGAACACCAAGACUGAGGGUCGCGGGCUAUCGCGGAAACACAUUAUCGAGUCCGUGCAAGCUUCGCUCGUCAGGCUGCAACUGUCGUACAUCGACAUUGUCAUGAUCCACAAAGUCGAUCCAAUGUGUCCGAUGGAAGAGAUUGUUCGUGCUAUGAAUUACGUUAUAAGCAAAGGUUGGGUAAUGUAUUGGGGUACGUCGCGAUGGACGCCGGUUGAAAUUAUGGAAGCUUAUACGAAUUGUCGACAAUUUAAUUGCGUGACGCCGAUCGUCGAGCAAGCGGAGUAUCAUCUGUUUUACAGAGAGAAACCCGAACUCUACAUGCCAGAAUUGUAUAACAAAAUCGGUGUCGGUUUAAUGGCAUGGUCCACCGUUACUAUUGGAAUGGUUUCUUCGAAGCCGGAAGAUUGUGGAGUAUCGUUUCUUUCUAGAUCCUCUUAUAAAAAUAAAUACUCUUCGUUUAGUUGGACCGAAGAUGAAACUCAGUCUUUAUACAAGGAGGAGUACGCGUGGAAAGACAAAUCCGCCGACGAAGAAACUCGGAAGUACUCGGACAAAUUGCGAGAUGUGUGCGCUCUGGCCGAAAGAUUGGGAUGCUCUUUUGGGCAACUGGCUAUCGCGUGGUCGUUAAAGAAUGAAAGUGUUCAGUGCCUUCUGCUCGGUGCAUCCAAUAUAGAUCAAUUGUACGAGAGUCUGCAAAGCUUGCAGCUUAUUCCGAAAUUGAACGCGAGUAUAAUGAGUGAGAUCGAGAGAAUUCUUGAUAACAAACCGUCCCGGCCACCAAUGAUAUCGACUCUGGCGCUUAGAUGACAAUCAAUGUGCCCCCACGGAAGCGGUGGGGGUUCCCUGGAGGAGGCGGGUAGUCCGAAAAGCGAGGGCGGCAACAGUCAGGAUCAAGAGCAGACUAAGGAAGUGAACAAUAAAUUGCCCUUCUGCGAGAUACAGUGAAGCCUGUAGAUGAUCGGCGGUCCAUCUUCUUACUUUCGGUAUUGUCAUAAAAAGCCCAAGGACCGACACAGUGAGGACACGUACACUGAUGAUUUGCGUGUGUGUGUCCGUUUCUUUCUUCUGGUCGCGAAUACACGAGGUCGAGUUUUACAUUAACUACACGUACGACACGAGUCACGAUGACAAUACUUACUAAUUAACGAUCAACAUCCAAGAAAAUUUGCCUCGACUCGGCAAAACGCGCU